AUGGUCCUCUCUUUGAUUACUCUGGCAGCCACAGUGCCUCUGAUCGCAACGUCCACAAUCCAGCUGCAGGAGCAGAGUCAACGCAAACAGGAAGAGAGCGAGCUCGAGCUCAAGACGGAAAAAUGCCACCUCAGUGGACGAGCAACCAAACGAAUGAGUGCCGAGCGUCAACAACAAUUUCAGGACAUGAGAGUUAUCCUGGAUGAUGGCUAUCUUUUUCUGGAGCCUAGGGCGGUGUCCCGAAAGCACCCCUUCACUGGCUAUCUUCUGCCAUAUCCGGACAAAUCCUACGACGGCAUCGUCACCACCAUCAAUGCGGAAAACAUGCUCAAUUGGAUCUUCGUCAACAAAGACACAUACCGACUGCAGCAUGGGAUCCGUGCUGAGGCCCAUCCACAGUGGGCUGGCCCUGUGACCUUGGUGUCUGGCCAGGCGUUGAAUGAGUGGAGGAUAGCUUUCAAUGGCUGGGAGGGAUUUGUGGCGGUCGAGGAGGACGAAGAGAGGUGGGCCAUAUAUUUCGACAAAGAUGACAAUGGCCUGGCAGGCAAGGUUGAGGCAAACGCCGUGGUUGAAAUUGAAUUGGUCCGGACUCCGCUGGAGGAAGAAGCAAGGAGUGAUGAAGGUCCCGACUGA